UAAACGCGUUUACGGCUGCUCUAAAUGGCAGUGAGAUUAUAAAAUGUGGAGGUGAUAUUUUUAUAGGCGUUUUAUCAACACGGAAGGGAAAACUGAAAAUGGCGCAUGCGCAGUGCCGGGCGCUCCAGAGGCAGAGGGACUCCGCUCUGACGUCACCACCCAUUCAAUCGAGGGGAAACAAGCCUAGACACAUUACUGCAACUGACAGCUUUGGUCAGGAGGACAACAGCGGUACUUUGUCACUGCGGCGCCCGAGUGGUGGUGACGAUGACUCUGGAGGACGAUCUCACGUCCGCGGCCGCUAAGGGGAACACGGCCGAGGUGGAGCGACUCCUGCGGGCAGGGGCGGACGUCAACGCGGCCAACCGGCUGGGACACACCGCGCUGCAGGCGAUGAUGAUGGGCAGCACUGCAGUGGCGCGGCUCCUCCUGGACCGCGACGCGGACCCCAACGUGGCGGACCCACGCACCGGGACCACGCCGCUGCACGACGCGGCCCGGACGGGCUUCGUGGACACAGCCAGGCUGUUGGUCAGCUUCGGCGCGGACCCGCAGGCCAGGGACCGCUGGAACUGCCGGCCCGUGGACGUGGCCCGCACACACGGACACGCCGACCUCCUGGCUUACCUGGAGACUCUGUGAAGAGGACUGUCCCCCUUUUUACCUAUUUUCUUUAUUUAUUAACGACUAUUUUAAUUGGACGUCGCAAGGAAAUUAAGUUUGGCGCAAAGCUCGGGUGGGACGUGGGGAAAAUGAUCCUGUUGUACUGGAUUCAUAUUGACUCCUAUUAUUACACAUCUCAUUUUAAUACAAUUAUCCAAAUACGAUAUUAAUGCACUUUAUCAGAAUGCCAAAGGCAUGUUUACUUUAAACAUUUUACUGACCUGCCCUGGAUGUGACGUCACGUAUAUCAUUAAAAUACACUUUAAAAACAACUAUAUGACACCUUUUUUUAUUUUUAUUUUUAGUAGCAGUAAAAAAAUAUGACGUUUAAUAUUUUAGGGUUAUAUUUAUAUGCCUAUAAGCGAAGAUGGAAUAAGCACUUUUUUCUUAAAAACAGAUGAAAUUGAAUAAAUUAGAUCACUAAAAAAAAAAAAAAAUCUAUAAACGCGGUCGCUAUUUGGAUAUUUUUCCAUUUUCAAAACCAAUGCAAUAUAAAAUAUUUUUUUAAAGAGAAAAAAACAGCCUGCAAGUCAGUUUUUAUAUGAUUACACCAUUUUCUCAUUACAAAAGCAAUUUGCGCUUUUAUUCAACUUUUUAUGUUUUUUUUUUUUAAAGUAAUAAUAUUUUUAGAAUGCUUUGCAGGGUUGAUAAAUAAUGUGCGCCUCUGGUCACACUCCUCCAUUAGAUUACUGUGCUCAAGUUAUUUGAUUUUAAGUAGGGAUGUCCGAUAAAUGCGUUAAAAUGUAAUAUCGGAAAUUAUCGGUAUCGGUUGUUUUAUUAUAGGUAUCAUUUUUUGUUUUUUGUUUUUUAAUUUAUUAAAUCAACAUAAAAAAACACAAGUUGCACUUACAAUUAGUGCACCAACCCAAAAAACACCCCUCUCCCAUUUUAGACUUAGACAAACUUUAAUGAUCCACAAGGGAAAUUGUUCAACACAGUAGCUCAGUUACAAUGAUGGACAGUGUAAGGAUGGAAAGGACAAUGCAAGUAUAAAUAGACUAAUAUAGCGAUAAAAAAUCUAACAUAUAUACGAAUAUAUACAUAAUAUGUGUACAUAAUAAUAUAUAUACAGAUAUACUAUAUUAUGUCUAUUUACACUCAUUCACAUAAAAGGGUUGUUUAUUUCUGUUAUUAAUAUUCUGGUUCCUACAUUAUAUAUCAAUACAGUCUGCAAGGGAUACAGUCCGUAAGCACACAUGAUUGUGCGUGCUGCUGGUUCACUAAUAGUACUAACCUUUAACAGUUAAUUUUACUAAUUUUCAUUAAUUACUAGUUUCUAUGUAAAUGUUUUUAAUUUAUUUAUCUUAUUUUAUUUAUUUUUUUAAAAAGUACCUUAUCUUCACCAUACCUGGUUGUCCAAAUUAGGCCUAAUAAUGUGUUAAUGCCACGAAUGCAUAUAUCGGUUAAUAUCGGUAUCGGUUGAUAUCGGUAUCAGUAAUUAAAGAGUUGGACAAUAUCGGCAAAAAAAACAUUAUCGGACAUCCCUAAUUUUAAGAAUUUCAAAAUAAGAGACGUUUUACAACAUGCAAACUGGUUUUGAUGAAAUGUUGAAUUUUGGGUGAGCAACAACCAUCAAAUUGAUUAAGAAAUAUAGUCUUCAAAUAAUUCACAAGUUUGACUUUUUAAAUAGAACUAUCCCAAAAUACCGCAUGUUCUUAUUUAUUGUUCUGCACUUGCUAUUUUAUAAUGUGUUUAUUAAAACCUUCCUUGAUUUUUUUUCCCAACUUAUUUUUUCCAUCUUCCUUUAUCGCUCACAGCGUUGUCAAUCAGUAUGUUCACAAGGAAUAAACGUGUAUUUCAACCUGUUGCAACAUUCAACUUUAAUGUCUCUUGCCAGCAUGCUGAUGUGUUCAUACACUUAAAGCAAUAUUAGGCCAUGGAUGAAGUGAAUUAUAAUAGAGUACAUGGCCAACUGUUGAGGAUAUCAAGUUAGUGUCAUACAGGAAUAUGAAAACAAAUGACAUUGGAAAGUAUAUCAGUAAAUAUUAAACACAAAAAUAGAAAUUAAUGUACAUUUGUAAUGUCAUUUUUAAUUCAAACUGUAUUUGCACGCACUAUAAAGAUUAUUCGUCUUUCAGGGAUUUUUUUUUUUUGAGGAUGAACACUAAAAUUCACUUUUACUACACUUUCACUUAGUUUGACAUUCUCUAAACUUUUUGAAUGCAGACAUUUCUUUUCCCUAUAGGAG